GCGCGCUGCUCUCGCGAGAUUCGCCGUCCGAGCCUCCUGUCAGUCUCUGUUUCUGGUCAGCUGCGGGCCGGCGAGGAGCUUCAGCGCAGGUUACGGGAGUGGCCGUGGGCGCCGGGGAGGAGCGGAAGACCAAACAGUUGGAAAGAAGAAAACCUCAAGUAAAAAACCCUUUCAAGGAAUAGGCUCCAUCAUGAAUAUGUCACAGGACCAGAGUGUCAGUUCCAGCAAUAAAGAGCCCUUGUCCAGGUGCUGUGAAGCCCGGAAGGAAUUGGAGCAUGCCAUUGGUGGUGUUCUCAGGGCUGAACAGCACAUUAAAGACAACUUGAGAGAAGUUAAAGCUCAGAUUCACAGCUGCAUAAGCCGUCACCUAGAAUGUUUGCGCAGCCGUGAGGUGUGGCUGUAUGAGCAGGUAGAUCUCAUCUAUCAACUUAAAGAAGAAACACUUCAGCAGCAAGCCCAACAACUCUACUGGUUACUGGGACAGUUCAAUUGUCUUAUUCACCAGUUGGAACGUACUCGUAGCAAAGAUCUAGCCAAUCAAGUUUCUGUGUGCCUAGAGAGGCUGGGUAGCUUGACCCUCAAACCUGAAGAUUCAACUGUCCUGCUGUUUGAGGCUGAUACAGCUUCUCUGCGUCAGACCAUCACUACAUUUGGCUCCCUCCAAACCAUGCAAAUCCCUGAGCACUUGACUUGUGCUGCUUCACCCAGCCCUGUGCUACCUGUAGAGAGAAGGGCUUCUGUUCUCAAGCAGGAGCAGAAACCAUCAUUCCACCCUUCAUUUAUCCCACUUCAUGAUUGGCUCCUUGGAAGCAAACCUGCCUCAACUCAUCAGUCUCCUUAUGUACCCAGCACCAACCUCCAGGACUGGCUUAACAAAAAGCAAACUUUGACAAGCAGCCAGGGUCCUUCUCAAACCUGCAACUUGAAUAUCAGUAACAUUUGGGGCAACUUCAAGGGCUUGGAAAACUGGCUCCACAAGCAAGAUAUUUCUGAGAAAAGAAGUACCCCAAAGUGUAACAGCUCCUUUUCCACAGAAAUAGAAAAGGGGGCUGACCUAGAGCUCCCUGAGCAAGAAGAAAUGGAUCUUUCUGAUUGGCUGGUUACCUCUCCUGAGCCUGAGAAUGGCAACUUUGAAUCAGAUGAGAAAUCAAAGCUUUUCCGACUUUUCAAGGAAGAUUAUAAUGCAAACGAUUGGCUCCUCAAGCCUGGUUCCUGCACUAAUUGUCAGGGGAACCAGCCUAAAGGUGUAGAGAUUGAAAAUCUGGGAAAUCUGAAGUGCCUGAAUGAGCACCUGGAAGGGAAGAGGCUGUCACCCCUGUCCCCCACACCCAGUGAGAGUUGGCUUGUCCAGCAUCAUCAGGUUCCUUUUAAAGUUGAGGAAGUGUGCAAAGCUAAUGAGCCCUGCACCAGCUUUUCAGAAUGUGUGUGUGAAGACCAGUGUGAGAAGGAAGCAUUGUGUAAGUGGCUCCUGAAGAAGGAAGGGAAGGAUAAAAAUGGCGUCCCAAUGGACCAGCUGCCAGUUCUGAAACCUGAGCCUGCCAAGCUGAAACCCUCCUUGAAUAUGUGGCUCUGUCCCUCUAGGGAAGAGGUAGAGGAACAGGCUAAAACACCAAAGCCAACUCCUUGUACGGUUCCUGAACCCCUCAAGAUCUUGCUGGACAGCCCCUUGUCAGAUUGGCUCGCCAAAACAAAACCCAAACAAGUGAGAGCACAGGAAACAACCAGCUCAGAUGACAAAGCUAGUCAGGAGGGGUUGUCACCAGCUAAACAAAUGCAUUCCAACCCCAUGACCAUUUGGCAUCGUCCAAUUAAUGCAGCUGACUGGAUAUUGCCUUCAAAGAACAGGGGAAGCCAGCCCUCUGGGGAAGAUAAGUGGUUACUUCGAAAGAAGGCCCAGGAAGCAUUCCUUAAUUCACCCCUACAUGAAGAACAUGCCUUUCCCCAAGACCGUUAUGGCCUGCCAGCAGUUUGUGAUCUUUUUGCCUGUAUGCAGCUUAAAGUCGAUAAAGACAAGUGGUUGUAUCGAACUCCUGUCCAGAUAUGAGCAAACAAACAAGAAAUCUUCCUGCUGAUCACCGCACAUCCAUGAACCAACUGACUACAGCUUGCUGAAUCAUUGUUUCUGGGUCUUUCUUAGUACUGUGUUGUGUUUCUUUUCUGCCAAAUUUUGAACUAGUAAGAAAAACCCACUUGUGAAGAGAUCAUUUAAAGUAGACACAUUUGAACCAGUAAGGGCUGCACCAGGCUGCCUACCCUUUAAAAAAGACCUCUGCAUAUGCCAUUGGGUUGUCUUGGAAAGCAUACAAUGACAUUUCCAAAUGAAGUCACUUUUUCUUAACAUCCAAGUGUUUUAAGACUGAUGCAGCUUUCUUAACCAAAAGUAUUGCCCUUCCUGCAGAUUUUGUCUAAUUAUUUUUCUUGCUCUGGAUCCUGUCUUAGUGGACACCAAUGAUUCUUUUUUCUGGUAUGUAGUUUUACUAUUAUAUCCCAUGCAUAAACUAACUUUGCCAGUGUAUCGAAGUGUAUUGAAGCCUUUUAAAGAAAGGGUAUACUAGGAGUACAAAAACUCAAAAUGGCGUUUAGCCUCAUUGUUCCAAUUUUUUUUUUUCCUGUUGUGAAAAAAUUGAAGCCUUUUCUCUACAGGUUAUUGGGCUGUCUUGUUAUCUUAAUGCCUUGUAUUUUAUUCAUUUGUCAAGACAGAGCACAAUAUAUAUUUUGGAAAGUAUAUGACACAAUUAAUUGUAUCUUAAUUGUAUGAGUUGAAAGUAUUGUAAUAGCCAAACUGUCAAAAUUAGUUAAUAGAGUGAAAAGACAGUGUGCUCCAUUAUACUUGAACUACCCAUAGGGAUUUGUUGGUGCAUCCUGUGUAAUAGGAUCAUGCUUGUACUGCAGCACUAGAGACAUAACUUUGCUAGGAUAAUUUUGGUUCAAGUCCAUAAAACAUAGAUUGUCUUGACUACUUGUGCCUUGGGGCAUUUAACUUAAAUGAAUAAAAUUGUGAAACAUUCCCUCAAAUGUCCCUAAGUCAAGCUAAAAAAGACUGUCCCAAUAACAGUAGAUUUGUGCUACUUUUACAUUGUUCCAAUAGGGAACUUUAUAUUAGACUUCCCUCUCUGAAUUUGGAUUUUUGGAAAUUCUUAGCCUAAAACUGGGUUAGGGGACCUCUAGGAGCUAUACAAGCUUCCUGAGAGUUCUUUUAUUCUAUGUCUAAAUUUCUAUCGGUAGCACUACAAAUGUUAUAUAGUCCUACCCAGACUCUGCUUAACUUUAUUUAGAACAAAUUUAAUGAUAGCUGUUUGGUGCAGCCAAUUCUAGAUCCUUUAACUUAACUCCUUAUCUUAGGCUCUUUGUAGUCUUUUUUUUGAGCUCAAGACUGUGUUACUCAUUUAUUCUUCUCAACAAUAUACCAUUGAGUCUGUAAAACACUGUUUGCAGUAAUGCAUUUUAUACAAUUGCUGAUGAUCCUCAUUAAAAGCAUAACCACCA